AUGUAUUCUUUUUUGUCAAUAUGUAUAUUCGCAUUGUUGUUUCAAGUGCAGGGCUCAUGGGCAAGAGACGCCCGGCCCGGUGAGUUCCCAUAUCAAGCUGACGUUGUUCAAACUCUACGUAACGGCGAGUAUCUGUAUCUCUGCGCAGGCGCAAUUUUAAACCAACGAUUUAUCAUCACAGUCGCUUUUCUCGUUGAACUAUAUCCCCAGUCUUCACUGAGAGUUUUAGCUGGUUCCAACGAUCUGAAUUCGCCGAGCAAUAUUUAUUACAAAGUCGACAGCAUACGAUCAUAUUAUCAGAACUCAUAUAACUUCACCAUAAUCUCACGAAAUAAUAUAGCAUUGGUUAGAAUUAAAACCAGGUUCACAUUCAACGCGAAAAUACAACCAAUUACCAUUUCAAAGCAAGAUAUUGUCGACGGUGAAACUUUAACUAUAAGUGCUCGGAGAAAUCCUUAUGAUCCAAACUAUGUUAGUCGUCUGCAAGUUUUGCUUGGUAAUGGAGUACAAGACAACGAUGACUGCGGUGCCCUAGCCAAAAGAGAUGUGGAUGAUGUAAAAGAGUUGUUCUGUUUGAGGCAGAACAGGAAAGAUAUUGGAAAUGAUAACCUUCCACCUUUCAGUUACCAAGGAGGACCAAUUGUUGGAGCUAAUAAACAACUAAAAGGCAUAUUGCUUGUUUCCUUAAACAGCAUUCCAGAUGGUAAAGUUGUGGGAAUCGGAUUGCGCGCAUAUCUUUAUAGGCAGUUUAUUUAUGAGACCAUCAAUUAA